AUGAAACCGCAUGAGGAGCAGAUUUGGAAAAGGAGUGUUUUGAAAGCGGCUAAUAACGAUAUGGACAUGGAUAGAAAUGUGCCAUUGGCACCGAACCUGAAUGUGAACAUGAACAUGAAAAUGAUUGCGAGCAGGAACGGGGAUGAAACUGGCUUGAUUUCCAGUAGGCUUGGUGGGGUAGUUAUUGGUAGUAACGGAGAUGUAAAUUUCAAGCCCAUUCUAGAGAAAAUUUUCCGAGAAUUGACCAGCGAUUAUAAGGAGGAACGAAAAUUGGCUAGUAUAUCAUUAUUUGAUCUAUUGGUGUCCUUGGAACAUGAGUUGUCGAUAGAAGAGUUCCAAGUAGUUUCUAAUGACAUAAACAAUAAGAUUUUAGAACUCGUACAUACAAAAAAAACGAGCACUAGGGUAGGGGCUGUUCUAUCUAUAGACACUUUGAUUUCAUUCUACGCAUUUACUGAGGGGUUGCCCAAUGAGACUUCACGGUUGGCUGGUUACCUUCGAGGGCUAAUACCUUCCAAUGAUAUAGAGGUAAUGAGACUAGCUGCAAAGACUCUGGGGAAGUUAGCCGUUCCAGGAGGCACGUAUACCUCUGAUUUUGUGGAAUUUGAGAUAAAAUCUUGCCUAGAAUGGCUUACUGCCUCCACAGAAAAGAAUUCAUUUUCCAGUUCGAAACCAGACCAUGCUAAGCAUGCAGCACUGUUAAUUAUAACUGCGUUAGCAGAGAAUUGUCCCUAUUUACUCUAUCAAUACCUGAAUUCCAUACUAGAUAACAUUUGGAGAGCUCUAAGAGACCCACAUUUAGUGAUCAGAAUUGACGCGUCCAUUACGUUGGCCAAAUGUCUUUCCACUCUACGAAAUAGGGAUCCUCAAUUAACUAGUCAGUGGGUGCAGAGAUUAGCUACAAGUUGUGAAUACGGAUUUCAGGUAAACACGCUAGAAUGCAUCCAUGCGAGUUUAUUGGUUUAUAAGGAAAUCUUAUUUUUGAAGGAUCCCUUUUUAAAUCAAGUGUUCGACCAAAUGUGUCUAAAUUGCAUAGCUUAUGAAAAUCAUAAAGCGAAAAUGAUUAGAGAGAAGAUUUACCAGAUUGUCCCCUUAUUAGCAUCAUUCAACCCUCAAUUAUUUGCUGGCAAAUACUUGCACCAAAUUAUGGACAACUAUUUGGAGAUUUUAACGAAUGCCUCAGCAAAGAAAAUACCACAUCUCAAAGAUGACAAGCCACAGAUAUUAAUAUCGAUUGGUGAUAUUGCAUAUGAGGUCGGGCCCGAUAUUGCACCUUAUGUGAAACAAAUCCUUGAUUAUAUUGAGCAUGAUUUGCAGACAAAAUUCAAAAUCAGGAAGAAAUUCGAAAAUGAGAUUUUCUACUGCAUAGGAAGAUUAGCAGUGCCAUUGGGUCCCGUUUUGGGUAAAUUAUUAAACAGGAAUAUACUGGACCUGAUGUUCAAAUGUCCUCUUUCUGACUAUAUGCAGGAAACGUUUCAAAUCUUGACUGAGAAAAUACCAUCAUUAGGCCCAAAGAUAAAUGACGAGCUACUCAACCUAGUUUGUUCAACCUUAUCGGGAACACCAUUUAUCCAGCCAGGGUCACCAAUGGAGAUACCAGCAUUUUCGAAAGAGAGAGCGAGAGAAUGGAGAAAUAAAAGCAUCCUACAGAAAACUGGUGAGAGCAACGAUGAUAAUAAUGAUAUAAAAAUUAUUAUUCAAGCUUUUAGAAUGUUAAAAAAUAUCAAAAACAGAUUUUCGUUAGUGGAGUUUGUGAGAAUUGUUGCGCUUUCUUACAUUGAACAUACAGAUCCCAGAGUGAGGAAAUUAGCUGCCUUAACGUCUUGUGAAAUUUACGUCAAGGACAGCAUUUGUAAACAGACAUCACUACACUCACUGAACACUGUAUCAGAAGUAUUAUCGAAACUUCUAGCCAUCACGAUUGCGGACCCUUUGCAAGAUAUCCGAUUAGAAGUUCUAAAGAAUCUAAAUCCAUGCUUCGAUCCGCAGUUAGCGCAGCCAGACAAUUUAAGGCUCUUGUUUACUGCGCUGCACGAUGAGUCAUUCAAUAUUCAGUCAGUAGCGAUGGAACUUGUUGGCAGACUGUCUUCCGUAAACCCUGCAUACGUCAUUCCAUCGAUAAGAAAAAUACUACUUGAGCUACUGACAAAGUUGAAAUUCUCAACUUCCUCUCGAGAAAAGGAAGAAACUGCGAGUUUGCUAUGUACCCUUAUCAGGUCGAGUAAAGAUGUUGCGAAGCCUUACAUUGAACCUCUUUUAAACGUUCUUCUACCAAAAUUCCAAGAUACUUCCUCAACUGUUGCAUCAACUGCUCUGAGAACUAUAGGUGAGCUAUCCGUUGUAGGGGGCGAAGAUAUGAAAAUAUACCUCAAAGAUUUAUUUCCCUUAAUUAUUAAAACAUUUCAGGAUCAAUCAAACUCUUUCAAAAGAGAAGCCGCACUUAAGGCGCUAGGUCAACUUGCAGCCUCCUCUGGUUACGUUAUAGAUCCUUUACUUGACUAUCCAGAAUUAUUGGGUAUAUUAGUAAAUAUUUUGAAGACAGAAAACUCCCAAAAUAUUAGGAGGCAAACGGUCACUUUGAUAGGCAUAUUGGGAGCUAUCGAUCCAUACCGCCAAAAAGAACGUGAAGUUACCUCUACAACUGAUAUAUCUACAGAACAGAACGCCCCGCCCAUCGACAUUGCUCUUCUCAUGCAGGGCAUGUCUCCGUCGAAUGAUGAGUAUUACACCACUGUUGUUGUUCAUUGUUUGCUAAAAAUUCUGAAAGAUCCAUCACUAUCAUCGUAUCACACUGCCGUAAUCCAAGCAAUAAUGCAUAUUUUUCAAACCCUGGGUCUAAAAUGUGUUUCAUUCUUGGACCAGAUCAUCCCAACUAUUUUGGAUGUAAUGCGUACAUGCUCCCAAUCAUUAUUAGAGUUCUACUUUCAACAGCUUUGCUCCUUGAUUAUUAUCGUAAGGCAACACAUUAGACCUCAUGUCGACUCUAUAUUCCAGGCCAUCAAAGAUUUUUCCUCGGUUGCUAAGUUACAAAUAACACUUGUAAGUGUCAUUGAAGCAAUAUCGAAGGCUUUGGAGGGUGAAUUUAAAAGGUUGAUUCCUCUUACUCUGACGUUAUUUCUUGUAAUUUUGGAGAAUGAUAAAUCUACUGACAAGGUUCUCUCCAGAAGGAUAUUGAGACUGUUAGAGACGUUUGGUCCUAACUUAGAAGGUUACUCACAUUUGAUUAUACCGAAGAUAGUUCAAAUGACAGAAUUCACCAGCGGGAACCUACAAAGGUCUGCAAUUAUUACUAUUGGAAAGCUAGCAAAGGAUGUUGACCUUUUUGAGAUGUCUUCGAGAAUUGUUCACUCUUUACUUAGGGUGCUGAAUUCAACAACAAAUGACGAACUCUCAAAAGUCAUUAUGAAUACUUUGAGCUUAUUACUACUACAAAUGGGUACAUCCUUUGCUAUCUUCAUUCCCGUCAUUAAUGAAGUCUUAAUGAAGAAACAUAUCCAACAUACAAUAUACGAUGACUUGACGAAUAAAAUAUUAAACAAUGAUAUUUUGCCCACAAAAAUUUUAGAAGCAAAUACAACAGAUUAUAAACCCUUGGAACAAAUGGAUGCAGCAGAUGCUAGUGUCACGAAAUUACCUAUAAACCAGUCAGUUUUGAAAAGCGCAUGGAAUUCGAGCCAACAAAGAACCAAAGAGGACUGGCAGGAAUGGAGCAAACGUCUAUCCAUUCAGCUAUUAAAAGAAUCCCCUUCCCAUGCUUUAAGAGCCUGUUCGAAUCUUGCAAGCAUGUACUAUCCUCUAGCCAAAGAACUUUUUAAUACCGCAUUUGCAUGCGUCUGGACUGAACUUUAUAGCCAAUAUCAAGAAGAUUUAAUCGAGUCAUUAUGUAUAGCCUUAUCUUCUCCCUUGAACCCGCCGGAAAUACAUCAAACCUUGUUGAACCUAGUGGAAUUUAUGGAACAUGACGACAAAGCAUUACCUAUACCAACUCAAAACCUGGGCGAGUACGCUGAAAGAUGUCACGCGUAUGCCAAAGCGUUGCAUUAUAAAGAAAUAAAGUUUAUCAAAGAGCCUGAGAACUCUACUAUUGAAUCACUGAUCAGCAUUAAUAAUCAACUGAACCAAACGGAUGCCGCAAUUGGUAUUUUAAAGCAUGCCCAACAACACCAUUCACUUCAACUAAAAGAGACAUGGUUUGAGAAAUUAGAGCGCUGGGAAGAUGCACUGCACGCUUAUAAUGAACGUGAGAAAGCAGGUGAUACUUCUGUGGGCGUUACACUUGGUAAAAUGAGAUCCCUUCACGCCCUUGGUGAAUGGGAGCAGUUGUCGCAACUGGCGGCUAGAAAGUGGAGGGUUUCGAAGCUACAGACCAAGAAACUAAUAGCCCCCUUGGCAGCUGGUGCUGCGUGGGGGUUAGGAGAGUGGGAUAUGCUUGAACAAUAUAUUAGUGUUAUGAAGCCCAAUUCUCCCGAUAAGGAAUUUUUUGAUGCAAUUUUAUAUUUGCACAAGAAUGAUUACGAGGAUGCCAGUAAGCAUAUACUAAAUGCCAGAGAUUUGCUUGUGACUGAAAUUUCCGCAUUAAUCAACGAAAGUUAUAAUAGAGCCUAUAGUGUUAUUGUUAGAACGCAAAUAAUAACAGAGUUUGAAGAAAUCAUCAAAUAUAAGCAACUGCCACCUAAUUCCGAGAAAAAACAUCAUUAUCAAAGUCUUUGGACAAAAAGAUUGCUGGGCUGCCAAAAAAAUGUUGAUUUGUGGCAAAGAGUGCUUAGAGUGAGAUCAUUGGUAAUCAAGCCGAAACAAGAUUUGCAAAUAUGGAUUAAAUUUGCAAAUUUGUGCAGAAAAUCUGGUAGGAUGAGACUAGCAAAAAAGGCACUGAAUAUGCUACUGGAAGGAGAUAGCGAUCCUAGGUUACCGAAUACGGCCAAAGAUCCUCCCCCUGUUGUUUAUGCACAACUCAAGUACAUUUGGGCCACAGGAGCUUAUAAAGAAGCAUUGAACCACUUGAUAGGAUUUACAUCCAGGUUAGCACAUGAUCUUGGUUUGGAUCCAAAUAACAUGAUCGCGCAAAGUGUAAAACUCUCAAGUGCAAGCACUGCUCCGUAUGUUGAGGAAUAUACAAAACUAUUAGCUCGAUGUUUUUUAAAGCAGGGUGAAUGGAGAAUAGCAACCCAGCCGAACUGGAGAAACACAAAUCCGGACGCAAUUCUUGGUUCUUAUCUGUUGGCUACACAUUUCGAUAAAAAUUGGUAUAAGGCAUGGCAUAAUUGGGCCUUAGCUAAUUUUGAAGUAAUAUCUAUGGUUCAGGAAGAAACUAAACUCAACGGAGGCAAGAAUGAUGAUGAUGAUGAUGAUGACACGGCAGUUAACAAUGAUCAUGCUCGGACCGAUGGUAGCAUUCUAGGAAGUGGUUCCUUGACUAUUAACGGAAAUAGAUACCCACUAGAGCUUAUCCAAAGGCACGUUGUUCCAGCUAUCAAGGGCUUUUUUCAUUCAAUAUCUCUAUUAGAAUCAAGUUGUUUGCAAGACACGUUAAGGUUAUUGACUCUUUUAUUCAACUUUGGUGGUAUCAAAGAAGUCUCGCAGGCCAUGUAUGAAGGCUUCAAUUUAAUGAAAAUCGAGAACUGGCUUGAAGUUUUACCGCAGUUAAUCUCCCGUAUACACCAGCCAGAUCCUACGGUGAGUAAUUCCCUUUUGUCUUUGCUUUCUGAUUUAGGGAAGGCACAUCCACAAGCACUUGUGUAUCCUUUAACCGUCGCAAUCAAGUCCGAAUCUGUUUCAAGACAAAAAGCGGCCCUUUCAAUAAUAGAGAAAAUUAGGAUUCAUAGUCCAAUCCUGGUAAACCAGGCAGAAUUAGUCAGUCAAGAGUUAAUCAGAGUAGCCGUUCUAUGGCACGAAUUAUGGUAUGAAGGAUUGGAAGAUGCAAGCCGGCAAUUUUUCGUUGAACAUAACAUAGAAAAGAUGUUUGCCACUUUAGAACCUUUACAUAAACACCUGGGCAAUGAGCCUCAAACGUUAAGUGAGGUAUCAUUCCAGAAAUCAUUCGGCAGAGACUUAAACGAUGCCUACGAAUGGUUGAAUAACUACAAAAAGUCAAAAGACGUCAAUAAUUUAAACCAAGCUUGGGAUAUUUAUUAUAACGUCUUCAGGAAAAUAACACGUCAAAUACCACAAUUACAAACCUUAGAUUUACAGCAUGUUUCUCCACAACUUUUGGCUACUCAUGAUCUCGAAUUGGCUGUUCCUGGGACAUAUUCCCCGGGCAAACCCACCGUUAGAAUAGCAAAAUUUGAGCCGUUAUUUUCUGUGAUUUCUUCGAAGCAAAGGCCAAGAAAGUUCUCUAUUAAAGGCAGUGAUGGUAAAGAUUAUAAAUAUGUUUUAAAAGGACACGAAGAUAUAAGGCAAGAUAGCCUUGUUAUGCAACUAUUUGGUCUAGUGAACACUUUGUUGAAGAAUGAUUCAGAGUGUUUCAAGAGACAUUUAGAUAUCCAACAAUAUCCUGCUAUUCCAUUAUCACCCAAAUCAGGGCUACUGGGAUGGGUACCAAAUAGUGACACAUUUCAUGUUUUAAUUAGAGAACAUCGUGAUGCUAAAAAGAUUCCAUUGAAUAUAGAGCAUUGGGUUAUGUUACAAAUGGCUCCUGAUUAUGAGAACUUGACUCUUCUACAAAAAAUUGAAGUUUUCACGUACGCUUUAGAUAAUACAAAAGGUCAAGAUCUCUAUAAAAUAUUAUGGUUAAAGAGUAGGUCCUCAGAGACGUGGCUAGAACGUAGAACAACUUACACGAGAUCUUUAGCUGUCAUGUCCAUGGCUGGUUAUAUUUUGGGGCUAGGCGAUCGUCAUCCUAGCAACUUGAUGUUGGAUAGAAUCACCGGUAAAGUUAUUCACAUUGAUUUUGGCGAUUGUUUUGAGGCUGCCAUUUUAAGAGAAAAGUAUCCAGAGAAGGUACCAUUUAGACUAACUAGGAUGUUAACAUACGCGAUGGAAGUUAGUGGAAUUGAAGGCAGUUUCCGAAUUACUUGUGAAAACGUCAUGAGAGUCUUAAGAGAUAACAAAGAAUCAUUAAUGGCGAUCUUGGAAGCUUUCGCACUUGAUCCUUUGAUCCAUUGGGGGUUUGAUUUGCCUCCGCAAAAACUUACUGAGCAAACCGGAAUUCCUUUGCCGCUGAUUAACCCUAGUGAAUUAUUAAGGAAGGGGGCAAUUACCGUUGAAGAAGCAGCAAACAUGGAAGCAGAACAACAAAACGAGACUAGAAACGCCAGAGCAAUGCUUGUCCUAAGACGUAUUACAGAUAAAUUGACAGGUAAUGAUAUCAAGAGGUUCAGCGAAUUAGAUGUUCCUGAACAGGUUGAUAAACUGAUCCAACAAGCAACUUCCAUCGAAAGGUUAUGUCAACACUAUAUUGGAUGGUGCCCAUUUUGGUAA